AAAGCAGAUCCAGUCAACUAAUCAAACAAAAGCAUCCUGACCAAUCCAUCUUCAUCUCCCCCACUCUCAUUUAUUCAUUCACACCCAAAACAUGUCACACCGUCCCACCCCCCAUAGCCCAUAGGGCCCAAACUCCAUAGUUCUAGACUGAGACUCCCACCCAUGGAUCCCACCCCCAACAAAAACCACCUCUCCGCCCCCGCCCCCGCCGGCGAUUCCACCGCCGUCCGGCGCUCGAGACACCUGGAUCCCGCCGCCCCCACUUCCGCCACUCACAAAAUCUUAGCAUCUCACUUCCCCAGAUUUAGGUCGCUCCCCACCAAAUCCGCAAAAUCUGCAAAGCCCCAGCCGCAGCUUCCCCCAGCGGACGCCCGUUCCCAAGCAAAGACCAUGUCCAUGUCCAUGUCCAUGUCCAUGUCCGCCAGGGCCGAUUCCUCCAACAACCUCUUUCCCAAAUCCAGUCGCCGGAACCCCGCAACUGUUGUGGAGAAGCAGAGGAUCGUCGCGGAAAAGCAGAAACAGAGCAAGUCGUCGUUGAAAGCGGUUAAAGAGAAAGAGGAGGAGGAGGAGUCUAAUGUUGAGAAGGCGAUUGUUUCUUUGACCGUGGGCGGAGGAAGAAGAAGGAGAUCCUUCGAUAGCCCGCAGAUUGAGUUGGCGGAUUUCUUGUCCUGCAACGGGGUGAAGGUGGUUUCCGUUGAUAUGCCGCCGUUUAUGCAGAUCCAUGCGGUGGACUGUGCGCGGAAGGCUCGCGAUAGCCUCGAGAAGUUCACUUCCAAGGCCCUCGCCUGCACUCUCAAGAAGGAAUUUGAUGGGGCUUAUGGACCAGCUUGGCACUGCGUGGUUGGGAUGAGUUUUGGGUCUUUUGUGACACAUUCUGUCGGGGGAUUUUUGUAUUUCUCCAUGGAUAAGAAGUUGUAUGUCCUCCUGUUUAAGACCACUGUACAGAGAGCUGAUUGAUAUGGGAGAUCCCUUGAGACAAUACAGAUGAUUUUGAAAGCCAACAACCAAAGCAUUGCUAUGUGCGUUGCAACUUGUACAUUGAUUUUGGUGGGAAAGCUUUGGAAUUGAGAUUUGAUUGCACUGUAAUGGAGUGGUUCAAUUUUUCCUCCCUAGCUGGAGAGGUUCAAUGGCUUUUUAGUUUUCAACCAUCUACAGCUUAAUAGGUUCUGUGCUCUUUUUUUUUUUUUUUUAAACCCAUAUAAUAUAUCAAUUUCCAAAUUUUGACAGUAUAUUUGAAAUUUUUUAUUAAA